UUCUAAUAUUAUUUAAAAAGAUAUAUGAAUGAUAUAUGUACUACAUGUAGCUGUUAGUCCGUCCGUCUGUCCCAACUUUAUUUUCCGGACUUCCUAUCACCAUGCUUUGAUUUGGGAAGCUGGAAUUUGGUAUGUGACUCACUGCUGAAUGUUUACAGACCACGUUUCACCACAGUUGAGGGAUUUCUACGAGAUUUAUGGGACUUUGUACUGAAUGCAGUUUUCUGGAUUUUUCUCUACAAUGCAUUAACUUCGGAAUCUGAAAUUAAUUUAUGUGGUUAUCGAAUGAGUUCAAAUGGGCAUACGAUUCCUUGAAUAAUCUAAUAAUUUUACAGUCUCAAUUACACCAUUAUACAUGAAAACAUCUUUUGAUGCAUAACCUUUUGAAGUUAUUUAUUUAUUUAUUUAUUUUUUUUACAUUCACUUGCAAUUUCCAGCGUUCACGAUUAUUGACCUGUCUGUCAGGCAGUCUGUCCCACUUCGUUUUAUGCAUAUUUUUCAUCACCCUUUGAUUUAGAAAGCUGAAAUUAAGUAUGUGGUUUACUACUAUAUGUUUAAAGAUCUAGUUUAAGUUUCGACACAGUUGAUUGAUUUUUAAGAUAUUUAUGGAACUUUGUACCGAAAAUAGUUUUCAGAACUCCCCCCACCAUGCUUUAACUUAGAAAUAUGCAACUUAAUACGUGGUUAUCUAAACAGAUGAAGUUUCCCUUAUGUUACGGUUGACCCAUUGUAACAAAAAUUGUUAGACUUAGUUGAAUGAACUUCUUCACUUUAGUUUUUCAGACUUUUUUCACCAUGAUUUGAUUUAGGAAGAUGAGAUUUGGUUUGUGAUUUAUUAACAUAUGUACAUGUAUACAGAUCAAGUUUAAGUUUCGGCUGGUGGACUGAUUUUCACGAGAUUUAUGGGACUUUGUACCGAAUGUAGUUUUCUGAACUUUUCUCUACAAUGUCGUAACUUGCAUUUAGGAAAUCUGAAUUUUUAUGUGGUUAUUGCAUGAGUAGAUACACAUUAAGUUUCACUUUCGUUACAGUUCUCAUAAUCCUUGUACUCUCUCUUGUUCUUUGAAUUUUUCAUGGUGUGAGACCUCUGUAAUUUAAGGCAUACCGAUUUGUUACCGUGCCCGUCCGAUUCACCGCAUCUAAUUACAAGAGAUUGAAAAGUAUACCAUUUUCUGGUAUUAAAUAUAAUAUCUACCCGCUCGUCCAAAUAUACAUGGUCUACAUAAAUGACAUCCUUCAAAUAAAUAGUGGUGCCGGUUGGGAACAUGUAUUGCUAUUGCAAUACUCUCAGAACUUGUUUGUGACGGAGAAACUUCUAAUUCAUAUAGCGACAUAUUAAUCAGAUUGUCUAAAACCAUCUGGCGGCCGAUAAUGAUGAAUGGGGCUACAAUAUCCUUGGUUCUGUGAAUUUUAAAGGUUGAAAUACAUGUACAUGUAGCUACGAGUUACCAACCCAAUAUGAUAUUUAUGUAUAACAUCUGAAUGAGGAUAAAAUCUUUAUUCUACAUACAUGACAGUAACAAGGCUUUAUCAAGAAAUCAAACAAUCAAAACUUUAAUUAAGAUCAGUAUCACAUUUAUACUAGAAUGAUCAUUAUGAGGUAGAUAUCAUAUAUAUAUAUGAAGCAGGUGAUCCUUCAUCACCACCAGAAUCCAGACCAUGAACUAUCUGACUGUCACUGUGUAUCUAGCUAGUCUGUUGGCGGUGGUUGAGCCACACGGGUAUAUGAUCGAGCCUCCCCAGCGGUCCUCCAUGUGGAGGGUGUACCCGGGAUUUCCUCCCAACUACAACGACAUGGAACUAUUCUGUGGAGGAGUAACGAAACAAUGGGAAGAAUUUGACGGGAAGUGUGGAACGUGUGGAGAUGCCUAUGAUGCAGAAGUACGCGAGAACGAGGCUGGUGGAAUGUACGCAUCGGGUGUGAUUGGUCGAAACUACACACGUGGACAAGUCAUCAAAGUUGGGAUUCAAUUAACAGCAUCUCACUUGGGCAACUUUCAAUUCAAAAUUUGUCCCCAUAACAACCCGUCCGUACCCGUGUCGCAGGAGUGUCUAAAUCAACACAGAUUGAAUUUAGCAGGAACAAACGAACAUCACUUUUAUCCUGAAGAAACGGGAUAUUACGAGAUAGAACUCCAACUCCCACAAGACAUGACAUGCUCACAAUGUAUUCUUCAAUGGCACUACACCGCAGGAAACACAUGGGGCUGUGCACCAGACGGGGAUUGCUGUCUUGGGUGUGCCUCAAGACAAGAAACAUUUAUCAACUGUGCCGAUGUUGCGAUAUUCGAUAAUGACGGGACGGUGCCCUCUACAGCAGCACCCUCAACUGCAAAGCCAACCACCACUGCUCCGACACAACCCUCUAGUACAGAGGUACCAACCCAAGCCCCCACAACACCAUCCCCAACUACACUCGCACCGACCCAAGCACCAACAACUACUUUACCAACACACGAGACAACAUCCGCCGGAGAUGUGUUAAUGGACUGCCCACUUGAUUAUACUUUGAUGUGUGACGGCGUCGGAGAGCUCGCUGGAGAUCUAACACGACAACGCUUCUGUAACGACCACUGUCGCAAGGCAACAUCCAUAUGCACGUCACAGUAUUGUUCUUGUACAUGUCAAAAAAUAUCCUGCAAGGCUGUGGGUCUCUACAAGGGUUCAGAGCCUCAUGACGACUGGUGUCAAAUGAUGUGUACACAAGACUCCAGCCUUUGUCCUACUCUUGGCGACCAAUGCAGUUGUACUGAAGACGCCUAAUUCUUAUAUAUGUCGUAAUUCGAUAUUGAUCAUUAAAUAGUGUAUUGCUGAU